CAGACAACUCGCGCAUUAUUGAACUUUACACUGCUUUGGACCAAGACAUAAAGCUCUCAUCGAACAUUUUUUUUAUAAAUUACUCAUAUUAACAUUAUUAUUGCUAAUCUUGUCUGCGUUUUUGGAGUUUUCUACAUCGGGACCGGGACGUUUUGUCAACUUCAACUACAGAUCUCAUACCGAUCGGUGAUGCAAAUGUAUUUUAGCGUUACCAGUUCGACUCCAGCCCCUUAAAGCCGUGGCCCGAUGCUGAGGAAUGGAUAGUGUGUCUGGUAAAGGUGGAAAGAUGGUCGAGAGUGAUGAGCAGCAGUCGGAGAGGGAUAGUAGCGCUGGUGCAGCGAUGGCCGCGUUACAUCAAUGCGAACUCAUCCAGAAUAUGAUUGAAAUCUCCAUCUCCAGUUUACAGGGGCUCCGGACCAAAUGCGCCGCGUCUAACGAUCUCACACAGCAAGAAAUACGCACUUUAGAGGUGAAGCUGAUGAAGUACAUCUGUAAACAGCUGCAGUGCAAACAGAAAGUGCCAGAGACCGAGAGGCCUGAAGCCCUGGACAGCUACCCGAGGCUUGGGGACUGGCUGCGUACCAUCAACCUUCGGCCAGAGCUUAUCGAAGCAGUGCCAGUGAAGCUUUCCUUGGAUGCCUUACUGCAAAUGCCAGCUUCUCAGGUGCAAGAGAUCAUGAGAAGACUAGGCUCCAGUUCAGAGGAGUGUGCUCGACUCAGCGCUGCUCUCUCCUGUCUCAAGAGCGCCACUGAAUCAGGAGGUGAGCUGAGGGAGGAUGGCGGGCCCUGGCUAUCUGAACCCACCAGGAGGGACAGCGGCUCCCUGCUUAGUGUUGACCAGCUGACUGCUAUGGGCACUCCUCUCCGCCCUCACAGCCCCUCGCCUCUAGCCCGCCCAUCCACCACGCCAUCCACUCCCUCAACCCCCUGCAGUGCCUGCUCCCAUCCCCGCUCAGGCUCUGUGUCAGCAGUACCCACUAUGGAGGCACAGGGGUCUAACAUCUAUGGUGACAGUCCCCUCACAGACCCCUUCCACAUGACCUUAGCCCGCACAGCCCGGCUCCACGGACACACCUCCACUCCACCCAUAACGCCACCCUCCAGAAGGCGCCACCGGCUCAAGCCCCCCUGCACCCCUCCACCUCCCUCCCGGAAAGUGCUGCACCUCCUACCCAACAUCACGCUGACCCGCAGCAAAAGCCACGAGUCUCAGCUGGGCAACCGUAUCGAAGACCCUCCUACCAACAAGUGUGCUAAAAAGAAUAAGCUGUUCCUGAAUAUGCAAAUCAAUGGGAAUGGAUGUGAGGACUCACCCUCCCGUUUCCCCGUCAUGUCCGCUCGUACCCCGGGAGCAACCCCAUCCGCGGCCACCGCGCCCUACACCCUGCCUGGCACCCCCACCCUAAUGGAAGAGCACAGCAGCAUCAAGAAUAACGUAGCAGUGCACCGCAGCUCCCCACAAGCAGUGCGGAGGGACAUAGGCCUGGCGGUAACACACAGGUUUUCAACAAAGUCAUGGCUUUCCCAAACAUGUCAGGUGUGCCAGAAGAACAUGAUGUUUGGGGUUAAAUGCAAACACUGUCGGUUAAAGUGCCACAACAAGUGUACAAAAGAAGCUCCCUCCUGCAGAAUCUCCUUCCUCCCAAUUGCCAAAAUCAGGAGGACUGAGUCUGUACCAUCGGACAUCAAUAACCCUGUAGACCGACCAUCAGAAGCCCCGCAGUUUGGCACGUUACCAAAGGCCAUCACCAAAAAGGAUCACCCUCCAGUGUUGAACCAGCUGGACUCCAGCAGCAAUCCAUCCUCCACCACCUCCUCCACCCCUUCCUCCCCUGCACCAUUUCAGCAGAGCAACCCUCCCAGUGCCACCCCGCCACCCAACCCCUCGCCCAAAGGCCAUCGGGACAGCCGCUUUCACUUCCCAGACGUGUCCAGUCCGGCUAGUUUGCACUCCGAGGUCCUCCAAGACACUGUCAAUGAGAUAGAGCAAUCAACAGAUGACAUUCACAAUGACCUGGUUGAAGAUGAAGAUGAAGAGGAGGAAGGAGAGGAGGAAGUCGAAGAUGAAGACCCAGAUGUGGAGGAGGACAACAGGGACGAGGAAGAGGACCAAGAUGAGGAAGAGGAGGGUGAGGGAGAGGAAGAAGACGACGGGGAAGGGAGUGGGAUGAAUGGGGGUUCGGAUGGGGAGUAUGAAGGCGAUGAGCUGGAUGACCUGCCCAGCUCGAGGGGGAGCCAGUGGAAGGGCCCCAUCUCCCGCAAGGCAAGUCAGACCAGUGUGUACCUGCAGGAGUGGGACAUUCCCUUUGAGCAGCUGGACCUGGGGGAGCUGAUAGGAAAGGGCCGCUGGGGCAAAGUGCACAAGGGACGCUGGCACGGAGAGGUGGCCAUCCGGCUUCUGGAGAUUGAUGGAAACAACCAGGACCAUCUAAAGCUGUUCAAGAAGGAAGUGAUGAACUACAGACAGACCAGGCACGAGAAUGUGGUCCUCUUCAUGGGGGCCUGUAUGGCUCCACCCCACCUGGCCAUAAUUACCAGUUUCUGUAAAGGGAGGACACUGUAUUCGGUCGUGAGAGACACUAAAAACAGUCUUGAUAUUAACAAGACGAGACAAAUAGCUCAAGAGAUUGUCAAGGGAAUGGGAUACCUGCACGCAAAAGGCAUUGUUCACAAGGACUUGAAGUCAAAGAACGUCUUUCAUGACACCAAUAAAGUUGUGAUCACAGACUUUGGGCUGUUUGGGAUCUCUGGAGUUGUCCAGGAGGGGAGGCGUGAAAACAAGUUAAAGCUUCCACAUGGCUGGAUCUGUUACCUUGCACCAGAGAUUGUUCGUCGGAUGAGUCCUGGGAACAACGAGGACCGCCUUCCUUUCUCCACUGCAGCAGACGUGUAUGCCUUCGGCACUAUUUGGUACGAGCUUCAAGCUAGGGACUGGCCAAUCACCAAUCAGCCAGUGGAAGCGACUAUCUGGCAGGUGGGGAGUGGAGAGGGUAUUAAGAAGGUCCUGGCGGAGAUCAGCCUCGGCAAGGAGGUCACAGAAAUCCUCUCUGCCUGCUGGGCGUAUGACCUGAGAGAGAGGCCCACCUUUACCCAGCUUGCUGACAUGCUGGAGAAGCUGCCUAAACUCAAUCGUAGGCUGUCCCACCCUGGCCACUUCUGGAAGUCGGCAGAGUAUGUAUCCUAGAGAUGAAGGAGGAUGUGAAGGCACCGGACAUGGUGGUGGUGGUGUUGAGGGGUGAGGGGGCUGGUCUGGUCUUGAGGGACUGAACCGCCUCACACUCAACUAUACACCCUCUUUCACUGAUCCAUUGUAUUCAUUCAGAUGUAUGGCAGAUAAAGGCUCCAUGUUUAUAUCUACUUUUACACUCUGUUAUUUAAGGUACACUGGCUUCAGAACGACAAAUGUAUUUAUCUGGCACCGACUCCAUCUCGGGGGCAGACGAAUUGAAUUUGGUUGAAUGAGAGCUUGAUGUGUUUAUCAAGGUUGUAUGAAUCCUCCCACUAGGAGAAGUGAUGUUUAAGUAUGACAAAAAGGGAAAUUAUUUAUGUUUUAUAUUUCUGCGCUCAUAGCUUGUCCAGGAAUAUAUAAAAAUGAUUGUGGGGGUUCAUAGAUUAAAGUGAUAGUUCACCCUCAUGCUUGGGAGAAGCCUGGAUUAGUGUUCCUUUUCCAUACAACACUGAAGGAACUAUCCAACAAAAUAGCAGAGCAGUAGAGGAUGGUGGCCAGUGUGUGAGACUUCCAAAAAUGACAAAAAAUUACCAUUAAAGUACUCCAAAAAGCUCAUGCAGCACAAUCUGAAGCCAUACAACAGACUGAAAUUUAAAUCAUUAUAUGCUUAAAAUCUUUCCUUCAUUCUUGGCUUUCAGAACAAACGUCAAAGUUCAGAGACGUUCAAGCAAAGAUGUUCUCAUAAGAAACAGAGGUAUUCUUCCGAGAACAUCUCUGAACAUCUCUGAAUGUCUCUGUACUUGAACGCGCCCAUCUGUGGUUCGCUCUGAAAGUGAAGAAGGAAGGGAAGAUUUACAGUAUAUAAUGGUUUAUAUUUUGGUCUUUUCCACCAUCCACUUCAGUCAUUUGUUAAAAUGCUGCUGUGGUAUUUUUGCUGGAUAAAUCCUUUGGUGUUGCAUGGAAAUAUAAUGCUAAUCCAGAUUUCUACUGGCAUGAGGGUGAGUAGAUAAUUACAGAAGUUUCAUUUUGGAGGUAAACUACCCCUUUAAGUAGGGUUUUGUGACCUGGACCAGUGCCCUACACACCUGUUUUAACACUUCUUUUCAGCCCUAUGCAUCUGUGCACAUGCUUAUAUAGAUACCCCUGAUUGAACUUUACUUUCACACCUUCUCCUUUUAGUUCAACUUGUUGUUAAUGCUUUGCCCCUUCAGAAACCUCUGUCACCUUUGCUAAAAAAAAAAAAACAACAACUAACUGACAAUCUAUCGAGGUGCUUAGCUGGUAAUCCUACUUGUUCAAAUGUGACCUUGGUUUAGCCAAUGCAUGAAAUAAUUGUGGGUUCGAUGCCAUUGUGACAGAAGAAUCCAGACAAUCCACUAAAAAGCUCUGUGGACGCAGAGUGCUAAAAUGGAUGUGGCUUAAUCUGAGUUAUUUUUAACGGGGCAGGCAGGCAAAGGUUUCCCUGCCUCAUGUUGUGUAUCUAUCUUUAUGUAUAUAGUAUUAUAUCAUACUACUCUUCUAAUCACUCUCUCUAAUUGAGAGCCUAUUUCAUUUCACUAACCUUCUAACUCUUUGUCUUCCUUCGUUCUUUCUCUCUUUCCUGUUUCCCUUUCCCUUUUUUUUAAUCUAGGUUGUAGCAGUCACUCUGAAACAUAAAGCAAUCCAAAACAAAGCCUGGGUCUGCCUUGCAUGCUCCCGAAUCCUUCACUCUUUAAGGAUUGAUCAAAGCAUUGCCUUUGCCUGAAACACACUGCUUCCACUAAUCCACCGUCCGAUCUUCCGUGUCUAACCGUUUCGUUUUCUUGGGUGCGAGAGAGGAUUGUUGGACUCUGUUGCAAGUGGCGUCCACUUUCCGCCUCAGCACUUUCCUUCAUCUAAAAUCUCUUUUGCCUUUAUUUUUUUUCUCUUUGAUUUUGUUAUUGUUUCAUUUUGUUCUGCUAUUCUUUUGGACUCUGAAGCUUGGUGUCGGUGCUGAGACUGAUAAGUGUGUUGUGGUCUAUGCCUGCUGAGGGCCGCCCUGUCCUUGGCCUGCUCUCCCUUCUCUGUGCUGCUGUGAUGUGGUUAUUCUCGCUGGGGCCCCGACCACAUUGCCCCCCCUCACCCUUCUCUCUCUGUCUGUCUCUCUCACACACUCACUCUCUCUCUCUCUCUCUCUCUCUCUCU